AGGGCCAACCCUCUUCGGGGUCCCUUUUGUUGAACCAUCAAACAUAAGCACCUUUGGAGAUCCCGAGGGGUUCAGAUGAGAAACAGCUAUCCUCCUGCGCAAAGGGCGAUCACUUAACAGCGCAACAACCAUGUCACGGUCUUUUUAUGUUGAUUCUUUAAUCAUCAAGGAUACGGUGCGACCCGGACCGGCUGAGCAUCACGGACAAGAUUUCCUAAUUCCCAUCAGCAUGCAUUCUCCGAGCGUAAUGACUGUCAGCGCUCCGGUGUGCCCAUCCAGGAAAAACGGAACUUUCUGUGUUUGCCCACUGUGUGUCACGUCCCACAUCCACUCUUCCCGCGGCGGCAUUCCCAUGCUGAAGACGCAGUUUCCAGGAGCGGACGCACAGUACUGUCAGAGAAUAGCGCAUCAGCAGUCUCCGGCACUUGCGCAUCCUGGACAUACACCUGUCUGCACACCCACCUUCAGUGUCACAGACCCCAGGAGAUAUCACUGUCUGUCUAUUGGCGCCUCGGAGAGUAGCCACAUACAGAAUGGCAAAAGGAUGCGCACGGCUUUCACAAGCACCCAGCUCUUGGAACUGGAAAGGGAGUUUUCUUCAAAUAUGUAUCUUUCAAGACUCAGAAGAAUCGAAAUCGCCACAUAUUUGAACCUGUCAGAAAAACAGGUAAAAAUCUGGUUUCAGAACCGCAGGGUGAAGCACAAGAAAGAGGGCAAAGCCACCCAAAGGAGCGCGCACAGCAGUUGCAAGUGCACAAGUGGACACACAGACUAUUCAAGGUCAGAGGACGAGGAGUCUCUAUCUCCGGCCUCUGCUUCGGAAGAAAAAGAGGUGUCACCCAUCUGAAAGCGUCACGAGUCGUACCACUGUUGGCACUUACUCUGCACUGCUACAAGUUAUGGGUUAUGGCAUUAUGCAACCUCUGGGCCAAACUGUCCUGCAUGAAAUAUGAGAAUUCUUCAAAUGUCAGCUACGUUUCACUGUUUAUAAUGUUUAUCCCACUGUUAAAUUAAAGGAUAUUAAAUGUUUUCAUACCUUCUUGAAAUAUGUGAACAUGACCUUUAAACCGAUGUAUUCCAAUGCCUCCAGUUUCAAACCCAGGUCUGGUUAAUUCUCGUCCACAUAAAUGUAUCCAGUAAUUGCCUGGUAUCCUAUUACUGUCAGUGAGGUUGUGUGGAAAUGAAAGCCCUUAGAAAUACUAGAGGCCAAACCUGUGUUGAACCUGUACGCAAGAAUGUGUAAACUAUGUAUAUGUGUAUUUAUUGUAAUAAACACGAGGAGCUGAAUUAA